UAGGCAGAAAAUCAAUGACUCAUCUGCAGUGACGCUUGUGAAUCAGGAACAAGUAAGGUCAUUGAAGGUUUCUGUUUCAUGUAACGAGGACAUUUGAUUAAAGCAUCUUCACAAAGCAGACAUGGAGAUGAUGAGAUAUAAAACAGUGAUAAGAUUCCUCUUUAGCACUGGGAUCUUUUUUCAAGCCUGCGAAUCAGACGUGAGUUGCAGGAAUGACGAUGGAAAAGAGGUCGACUGGUACAUCUUAUACAAGUUGCCCAAAAUGAACAACGGUGGUCUGUCAUAUCUGUACAUGGAUGAGAGCAGCAGUGGUUGGAAACACAGCAGAGAGAAUAUCAACAGCAACUCUGGCACCCUGGCCCACACCCUGAAACCUCUUCUCGACUCAUACGACAAAAAGACGGCAGGAUUUGGAUAUCUGCUCUAUAACGAUCAGCCUCCGGAAGAUAAUGCAGCUGCUGCAUCAUUUGGACACAGUAAAGGAGUCGUAAUGUUGGACAGACGAACUGGAGUCUGGCUCUCACACAGCACACCACAAUUUCCAAUAUAUCUCAGUAAAGACUUCUGGCCUCAAAGUGGAAACGCUAAUGCUCAAACAUUUCUAUGUGUCACUUACUCCUCUGUUACAUUCAAACAAAUAGGACUGCAGCUCCAAUACAUCCACGCUUAUCCAUACGACUCUGACAUAACCACAACCUUUCCAACUGAGCUGAGCUGUGUGGCACUGAAAACCUGAUACCCAACGACAACGCCCUGGACUAGAGAAGUAACGCUGACGUCGGUGAAAGGACAGAGGUUCACCAGCUUUGCAAAAUACACACGAUUUGGGGAUGAUAUUUACUCUGGCCUUAUUGUAAACUCUGUGAAGAAGGAUCUGUACGUCAAGAGCUGGGGAAGGAUGUGUGGCCCCCUGCCUUCUAACUGCAGCAUCCCUCACCAUGUGUACAAUGUGAAGAAGGUACAACUUCCCGGCACACUGCCCUUCACCGACACUGUCGAUCACUCCAAGUGGAGCGUGGCGCCUGACGGUGGCUGGACCUGCAUCGCUAACAUGAACAGGGAGAUGAGUCAGAAUGGCAGAGGUGGAGGAGCCAUAUGCAUCAAUGAUGCUGUGAUCGGUGGCGCUUUCUAUUCACUGAUCAGGGAGAGAGAGCAAUGUAACCGUAAACGUGCACUCUUCUGUGUGAUGCAUUCCCCUCCCUCUCUAGCAAAGCAGCUGGUCUACCUUUACCCACGUUUCUAUAACUGCUCUGUACCGGCUGCGUUCUCGGCCGACCUGCCUCAGUUGGCCCAGUUAUGUGACGGCUCCAAACCACCGCUGACCUCCGAUAAGAGAGUGCAGCAGCUCGUCUCAGUCCAGGGGGAAAAGUUUUUCAGUUUUGUCAAAUCCGAACGCUUCGUAGAUGAUAUCUACACGGGCUGGGUGGCGCAGGUCCUGGAUGCCGACCUGCUGGUGGAGUCGUGGCAGAGACAAGGUCACGAUCUGCCCUCCAACUGCUCCCUGCCCAAACACGUCAUGAACAUCAAGAGGGUUCAUCUCCCCGGAUCGCUCCCGUUCAAGUCCUACCACGACCACUCCAAGUGGUGUGUGUCGCAGGGUUAUGACGACGACGUGACCUGCCUGGGGGACAUGAACAGGGAGAUGACCCAGCUGAAGCGCGGCGGGGGGCUGAUCUGCUCCCUCAACCCCCUGAUUUACAGGGCUUUCAGACAGGCGGUGGACUGGUACAUUGGCUGUUGACUGAGAGAGACGGACAGAACGAUGUGGACUCUAUGAGUCUGACACUCAGAGGUUUAAAUAGGUUUUGAAUCUGUGCAGGUGUAGGCAUCCCUUUCAAGGUCCAGUGUGUGGGUUUAAGGUGGAUCUGUCAGCAGUGUCUAAUAACCUAAAUCUAAGAGUUGUUGUGUUUUAGUUGCCUUAGUAAUUUGUUCUUUGUCAUUACAUAGGCAGCAGGUUGUUUUCCACAGUGUCCGCCAUGUUGCACCACCGUGUUCCUACAGAAGCCCAGAGCGGACAAAUCAAAUACUGGCUCUAAAGAGGUCCUUUCACGUUUUCACUUGACUUUCAGGCCAUCGUAGAUUCUCCUCUCCACACACCGGGAAAGGUGAGGUGAGGGGUAUCUGUUGGAAUGCAUUAUGCUCUUCCACCACUAGAUAUCACUAUACCCCACAACCUUUUAAAAAGCUACAAGAAAUGUUUUACACAUUAGCUUCUUUAAGAGCUUGUACUCUAAGUGAAUCUUAGCCAAGUACAUUCAUGUAGUUAACAUAUCACAGUUAAACAUCACUAUUGUAUUUUGUUGUGAUUCUUUCUUUGAUAAAGCAAAAAAUAAUAUUU